AUGCCCUCCAUAGACCCGCCUCUGAAUUCCGAAGGAAUCCCGAAACUUUUCGAGGGCCACUCUGGCAUCGUUUGCGCAGUCGCUUACUCCCCCGACGGCGACUUCAUUGCUUCGGGAUCGGAGGACAAGACAAUCAGGAUAUGGAACUCGCGCACAGGCAUGGAAGUCGGAAGUCCUCUAGAAAGCCACGACAAGCUGGUCAGCGCCGUCGCAUUCUCCCCCGAUGGUAAUCGUAUCGUUAGCGCUUCAGAGGACAAGACGCUUCGUGUCUGGGACAGCAAGGCGCAUACAUGCGUCUUAGGCCCUCUGGAAGGGCACACGGAACUCGUUUCCUCGGUCCAAUACUCCCCCGACGGACAGCUCAUCGCGAGUACGUCAGAGGACCGGCUACUCCGGCUAUGGGGCGCAGAAUCGGGAGAGUGCACUACCGCUCUCGAGCACCCGGCGGCGCUCAGCCGUGCGGCGUUUUCGCCCUGCGGAAAACACGUCGCAACCGCAUGCGACGACAGGCUCGUACGCGUAUGGGACGUGGCUUCGCAGGAGCUCGCUUAUCCGCCUCUCGCAGGACACAAGUCUGAAGUGUGGGUGGUGGCUUAUUCUCCGGACGGCCGUUUGCUGGCCAGCGGUAGUCGCGAUUGGACUGUCUGUGUUUGGGACACCGGCAGUGGGCAACUUGUCAAAGGCCCUCUAAAGGGCCACAAACUUGCCAUCACGGAUCUCGCGUUUGCGUCGGACGGACAGCUGCUGAUCAGCGCUUCGGUAGAUAGGAGUAUGUGCGCUUGGGAUCCAACAACAGGCGACUGCGUGUGGGGUCCGAUUUAUAGCGCUGAAUCUAUCAGGCGGAUCUCAGUCUCUCCUGUUGCGCGUACAGUUGUCUGUGGAAAAGAUCGUAGCUUGUGUAUUCGGGAUAUUACAUCGAGUGCACUUAUCCUUCCCAAAGGCCCCGAUAAGAAGCUUCCUAAAGGCGACUUAAUGUACGCAUGCUGGCCAAUCACCUCAUUCGCAUGGUUCGCCGACGGAUCUCGCUUUGUGAGUGCGGGCGAAGACCACGCCGUCAAGUUAUGGAAUGCAAAGACGGGAGACGACUCGCUCGACGCAUUUUCCCAUCACACAGGCAAUGUCACCUCCAUCGACAUCUCUCCCGACGGCUCGAUGUUAGCUAGCAGCUCUGACGAUCGGACGAUCUGUCUAUGGGACACAGACACGAAGACGCUAGUCAUGGAUCCGCUCAAAGGGCACACCGAAGAAGCUACGGCUGUUGAAUUUACGCCCAACGGUUCCAAUGUUGUCAGUGCGAGUCGAGACGGCACAAUACGCGUAUGGGACGCGCAGAGCGGUCGCAUACUCCGUGUUAUACAGGCGCACGAUCGGCCCGUCCGCACCAUCAGCGUGUCUCCCGACGGCUCAAAGCUCGCAAGCGGGUCAGAGGACAACACGGUGCGCGUUUGGGACGCGCACACAGGCAUUCUGAUAGCGGGGCCGUAUGACCACUGCUUUUCUGUAUCGUCUGUGUGCUGGUCGCCCGAUGGGAGAUACGUCCUUAGCGGCUCUCUGGAUGGAACUGUGCGGGUGUGGCGGAUAUCGAGCGGGGAGGAGGCGCUUAAGGUCGAUACGGGCGGCACCAUGAUGCGCUGUGUGCAGUAUGCACCUGAUGGCGGGACGUUCUUGAGUGUCUCGGGGGGCAAGCUUCGCAUUUGGGAUGCGGGUACCGGCGAGCUUCGUCGGUCUCUUGAGCACGAAGGAGUGGUUUCUGGAGCCGCGUUUUCGUCGGAUGGGUCGCGGAUCGCAAGUGGAACAGAGGAUGGGUAUGCCAGAGUGUGGAAGGUAGAUCGUGGAAAGCUGCUCUUGGGCAAGGGAUCUGAGGAGGUUGAAGACGAUAGUGCUGCUCAUGAAGCCAAAACAGCGGCCGAGCGAAGGCCAAGGUCUCGUAAUUCUGACCAGAGUUUCAUGAACCUCCCUGCAACGUUGCGAAGGCAGAGACCCGAAGAUAGUAGCAGACGUCCACUCGGCACCCAAGGUGAAAGCUCGUCACCCCACCGCCGUCAGACGGGACAACCGGAACCACAGCAUGCACGCGAAGGUCCUGGAGUAGCGGUCGCUCUCAAGAGGAUCUUUGGACUUGCCGGCGCACAGCGCGCGCAGUCCGAGAGCAACUCGGGAUCCGGAGGGGGUUUCUUCUCAACUGCGCACCUGUCCAAGUUACGCCGCAUCGUUCCUGUAUACACUGCCAAAGCCAAAGAGCGUCUUUUCCAUGUUCCAGAACCACGGAGCAGCCAAGACAGUGCAGAAGAUGUGGAGUUAGAGAGUGACGAAGAAGGGGACGCCAAUGCUGCCUCCGCUCCCCAUGGCGGUCAAUCAGGGCUUGGGCCCGCCUCGCCGCCCGAACACUCUUACCCACCGAGUGUCAAAUCCACUGACCGAGUCAGCAUGUGUUUCUGUGUCCCUUGGAAGGCGAGAUAGGCGCGCAUAU